AUGGUGAAAGCCAGGAAGGUUGGGGUGGCAAUGGAUUUCUCAAAGAGCAGCAAGAUGGCUAUGCAAUGGGCUAUUGACAACUUGGGUGAAAAAGAUGAUACCUUCUACGUCAUCCACAUCAAGUCUCAUGCAUCCGAUGAGGCUCGCAAUCAAAUCUGGUCUAAAUCUGGUUCAC